CAUGAGGAAACCGUUCACGCCUUGCUGGAUAUGGGCAUCGAUGCUAAUGCUGAGGGAAAGGAAUAUGGAAAUGCCCUCCAGGCAUCGGCCUACGAUGGCACAACGGAAAUCCUGAAGAUGCUUCUCGAUCGAAGAGCAGAUCCCAACCGAGCCUACCCAGAAUCCAGCUAUGGAACUGCCCUUCAGGCUGCAUGUUACGAAGGGACGCUAGAAAACGUACAACUCCUUAUUGGAAAC